CACAGUCAUACCAUCAGUGUGUUUCUUAAGCAGCUUGCACAAUCCCAUGUUUUAAUGGGUGAGCUGGGCUCUUACAAGUGUCAGCAAAGUUCAUCAGCAAAGCUUUCAUGUUCUCACUGUGUCCCUGCUGCUGUGAAUUCAAGAGCCACUCUCUGCAUUUCUCUUUGCACCUACAGUGCCUCUGAGAGUACUGGGUUUGGAGAUGAGCUUCCAGGGGGGUGGAAAAAGGGAAAUAGCUUCCAGCCAGGGCUGUUGCUUUUGGGCAACCACGAGUGGGCUGCAAAAAAUGGUAGGGAAGAGCAUGACAAAGGAGUCAGUGAAGAUGGAGGCACUGAAAGAGUGAGGUUUCAUCAGGUUAUUAAAUGCAAGGCAGCAGUGCUGUGGGAAGCCAAUAAACCAUUCAGUAUUGAGGAAGUGGAAGUUGCCCCACCAAAAGAACAUGAAGUUCGCGUAAAGAUCAUGGCCACUGGGAUCUGCCGCUCCGAUGACCAUGUGAUAACUGGUGCACUGGUUAUGCCUUUUCCAAUAAUUCUUGGACAUGAAGCAGCUGGUGUUGUGGAGAGUGUUGGGCAGGGAGUGACUUCAGUCAAGCCAGGAGACAAGGUUAUUCCACUCUUUGUUCCACAAUGUGGGGAGUGCAAGAGCUGCUUAAACACCAAGGGUAACCUGUGCAGUAAAACUGACCUUGCUACAGGUGCUGGAUUAAUGCCUGAUGGCACCACCAGAUUCACCUGUAAAGGAAAAGCAAUUUACCAUUUUAUUGGUACAAGUACCUUCACUGAAUACACAGUACUGCAUGAAUCUGCUGUAGCUAAAAUCGAUUCUGCUGCUCCUCUGGAAAAAGUUUGUCUAAUUGGCUGUGGAUUUUCAACUGGUUACGGGGCUGCUCUUCAGACUGCCAAGGUGGAACCAGGCUCCACCUGUGCGGUCUUCGGCCUCGGAGGAGUCGGCCUCUCUGUUAUCAUGGGCUGCAAGGCAGCUGGAGCUGCCCGCAUCAUUGCCGUGGACAUCAACAGUGACAAGUUUGCCAAGGCCAAGGAGCUGGGAGCCACUGACUGCGUCAACCCUAAAGAUUUCAACAAGCCCAUCCACCAAGUGCUGAUGGACAUGACCGGCGAGGGUGUGGACUACUCCUUCGAGGUCAUCGGCCGUACGGAUACCAUGACUGCAGCCUUGGCCUGUUGUCAGUGUAACUACGGAGUCAGUGUGAUUGUGGGAGUGCCCCCUGCAGCACAAAAUAUCACCUUUGAUCCCAUGCUCCUCUUCACUGGUCGCAGCUGGAAAGGCUCCGUCUUUGGAGGCUGGAAGAGUAAAGAUGCAGUUCCCAAACUGGUUGCUGACUAUAUGAAGAAAAAGUUUGUUCUGGACCCAUUAAUAACCCACACACUAACUUUGGCAAAGAUCAAUGAAGGAUUUGAUCUUCUAAGGACAGGAAAGAGCAUCCGCAGUGUCCUGACAUUUUAGGAUUCCCAGACAUUAACCUGCAGAUGGCUCAGCACCAGUACUAACUUCACCAUCCACCAAUACAACUUACAUGAUGCACAAAUCAAGAUUUGUAAGAUUUUGUAAGAUUUUCCUGAAAGAUCUACCACUACCCUUGAAUAAAAGAAUCAAACUAAAACCCCACA